UACACGCAGUCGCCCUCUUGCUUAUUCGAAAUGGCACAGUUCCUGUUGCGCGUGAUCCACUUGUUCCUCGCAUUCCCUCUGGACGCGGUCGAUUAAUUGGAAUGCAAUGACCGUGUAUCUACAGAGUGCAGCUUUCUGCCUGCCAAAUUUGGCUAUACUACCGAAAUCAACCUCAACAUGAUCCCCUUGUCAACGUCCGUCAUUUAGUUGAAAUUCACGGAAAAGUUAUCCAUAUGACUAGCCACGCCGCAGAGAAUGGAAGUGUUUUGCGGUCAUUGUUGCACGGAGAGGGCAGCUUACAGGAAAACGAUUUUACAAGCAAUCUGUACCGUGGCACCAGUUCAGUCGUACCCGAUGAAUUCGUUGAUGUAUGCCAGGGCACCGAUAGGAACAUCGUUGAAAAUUUAUCUUCAAAUUCUGUUAAUGGGGUCUCCUUUUGUGACAAAGUUGAGUCAGCUUCAAAUAUGCCACUCUCGGAUGUCAGUGCCUCACUUUUUCGCCUGCCUUCAAAUUCUCCCGAAUCUACAUACAUCGUACAUAGAUUUCUCCCUUCUGGUUUGCCAUUGCAGCUGCUUCAUACGGGGAGCGAAUUUGGUCCCAUUCACUCGGCCCAUAAACACAUUCCUCUCUGGCAUCGACUCUUAUUUUCAGAGUUGAUCAGUGGACAUGCCCCUUCUGCUACUCGUCCUCGGCACCAGGGCCGACCGGCCACUGAGUAUUGUCAUCAAUCACUGAUUGACCGGCCCCCAAUGUUCCCUCUCGCGGAUUCAGGGUUUCGUUCGCCAACAUCUACAUCACACCCCAAAUCGAUUAGUUUAACAAGUCACCUUGCUCGCACCGCCCCCGUAUCUACACGCGUAUCUCCACCCUCACAAGUCACACCAGAGCCGAAGGCUUUUCCCACCAUUGAGCCCACUUUUCGAGAUGUUGGUUCAAUGCGUUCUCCUUUAUCUCCCUCGGCUGCCCACGUUUCUGACCUGAGGCCGUCGCACCCAGUUUUGUUUUACCAGCACCACAACCCUUUCCCAAGUUCGAUUUACACCCAGUCUUCCACAGAUUGCGUUCGCCAUGUUCGUUCAGAUGGGUUAUCACAGGGCUCGUCCACAAAACUGGUAUCGGAUUCGGGGAGCGUUGAGGCUGCACCAGAUGAGUCAUCCUUGACCGUUGCUACGUUGCCUCCGUUACAACCUGCUUCGAGGUUUCGUAAGGCACGCAUUCACGAGACUGUCGAACAAUGGUCUUGUGGUAGGACUUCGGUUCAUGAUUGCCGUUUGAAGGCUAUCCCAGAUUGGGUUUCUGAUCUCCAGAAAAAAGCACUGGUUAUGGGACAAAACGUCGCUGCUGCCAUAGAGCAAAAAUUGAAUUGCUUCUCUUGCACCGAUUUGUACGCAGUCGAUCAGGACCUCAAGAACCGCAAGCCGAAGUUUGUCCCAUCUGUGUCAAAGUUUGCCGAUAACCAUGAAGAAGCCGAAUACCGUCAAUCUUUAUUUCAUGGUGGACAGACUACGCGGUCAGUCGAAGGUAGUAGAGCACCUGAAGGCUUAAAUCUUUUCUCUUUUUGGGACGGUGGCUGCCGUGUCUCAUGUCAAGUAGCCAGACCAAUCGUUGCAGCCGGUCCGCAAAAGGACAGCAGGUGCCAUGAGACAAUUUGUUUCACUUGUGCCGACUCCAUAUCCGCUGCAGGCUCCAAUAUACUCAAAAGAGAUCCUUCUUGCAUCAAGCCGAUUGAUUCCCGAAAUUGCACUUUUCAUCAACCCUUUCAAGAAUGGGGAUCUCCUAUGCACAUGGAUAAAGUCGCCGUUGCAUCACGUGAUGGUGAGGGCACUACUUUGAGCCACAGCUCACCUUUGCCCACUGUUUUACCUUCAUCAGCCUCUAUGGAUCCCGCUACGGCCUAUUUACGCCGCCAUCACCUCGAAUGUCAACACUCUCCCAGUCAUUUAACCGUCUCUACAACCGCCUCUGUUAGGCAAGGUGACAUCCCUACUGCUAAUGGGCUAUCUGCGGCUCUAUCUGUUGUGACCCACUUAAAUGCCGAGCCUUUAGACUUCACAAGUCAAAAUGUCCCACCUCUCUCCAAACGAAUUUCUCGUGCUCCGCACCACACCAACCCGACGAAUAUCGAUCCACUGGAUUGCAUUCGGGCUAUAUUGCCCUCAAGUGGUACAGCCAUUGGAAUGGCUCCGCCUACAAGCCCUGCAUUGCUUGAUGACAAGGGUUCAACAUUCACUCAAACAGCACCGUCUUUAUCGCUAAGUGGGAAGAUGGAUAUCUCACAAUAUUCACUGCAGAAUCCCAUGUCAGAAACUACGGACGUUUGCACUGAUGUUUCGCCGCAACUUGAUCAAAUGGAUUACACAAACGCUGUCAACUUACAAUCCGCGAAAAACGCCGUUUCUCGUCGACUCAGGAGUGAAAGUGGCAGUUACCACAACGUCUCUCAAACCGUAUGCAACUCCCGAGAUUACAGUGCUGCUCCUCAUAAUCAUUUACUUACUCAACCUUUAUCCUCCCCGCCGUCACCUAAUGUGUCUUUACGUUAUGUACCGGUAAUUCCUCAGUCAGAACGAGCUGCUCUUUUGCACGUCAACAAAGAACCUCUUCAUACUGGCUCACUUUCCGAUCGCGCCUCGUUAAUGUGGCCGUUGGUUGUCAAAGUGCCUGUACAUAGCCCCAGAAGAACCGUUUCACACGCCACUCCUCAGCGAUCGUCUAAGCUGCUCAGUUGGAGGACUUGUCAUGGUUAUGGUGCCACGAAGAGCUCUUCUGCCGGAUCCGACCGUUUGGAUGCACGCAUCGCCGAUAGCAUGGUAAGCACUUCAUAUUUACACUGGAAACAGCUCUUAGUCCUCCUGACUUGUGUUCGGUGGUUACCCGCCACCUACAUUUAGACUCGCAAUCUUGCUGGCUGGCCGCGUUACACAAGGGCUAGGCCGUCGAAAUGCUCUCCGUUGCAUUGGUUGACGUUGUCAGAGUCGAUGUCUCAUACUCCUUCGACCGAUGAUCGAGUGGAUAAGGUGUCUGACUUGUAAUCCACACCUCGACGGUCCGAUCCUACGUAGCUUCUUGCAAAUUCGCAGUAUUUAUGGCUUUUACAUGCAACUUAACCCGAUCAACUCAGCGUGACGCCCAGUUUUGUACGCAUUUCUUUGCCUUGUGCUAGACAUAUCUCUGCAUUUUUCCAGUUUUCAUGAAUCUUUGUUCGGCAUAUCGUCCAUCAUCAUUAGCAGACUAGUUUGCACUCUGACCCAUCUAUUUCUCCGUGCAGUCUAGAAGCAGUUCUCGAGAUCGGAAGCACUCACACUUACCAUUUUACACUGAACUCCUAUCCGAACCUGUGACUUUUUGCUCAGCUAGUCUGGUGAACUACUGAUAGCCGGUUUCUCGUUUUUCCACACUUCUUCCGUUCGCCUCAUUUCAUCGUAUCACAGAAUGUCAUCCGAGGAGCAAUUGAGAACGCAUUCCAGAAUGAACUGGCCGCUGCACACGCGGAGAAUAUCGGGUUACUCUCUGAGAUUGAUCGAUUGAAAGCGGAAGUCGAUUCUCUACGCGGCUUUCAAGCAGCUUUCUAUGCUUUACGUCCCUUCGUUCCUCCAGACAUUUGGGAGCGCCUCAUAGCGGAAAGGUCUGGUGGCGCGUACUCUGGCGAACUUGCAACGACAUCUGUGCCUAAUUCUUAUCCAGAUACCUCCUCACCACAAGUCCCUGGUCUUCUCUCCGGUUCACUUCAACGGCAUACAUAACGGCUCAUUUUGACCACGUUUCUUACUGUCUGACAAGAGUAGGGCUCAUUUAUCCUCAUCUUCGUGAAUUCCGUGCAAUACUGUCGCGCUUUCUCACUCGACGACCUUCUUUAUCGACGUCAAUGACCACCCCUUCGCUUAAUUUGUCACAUUUUGUUCUUCUUGUGCGUUCAUGCUUCAGUUGAGAGUUACUUGUUUUCGUUCUGGUCACCUUUUCAACGAACAUUAUUGUUCAUUGUCGCUGUCUCUCUCUCUCUGUCCGAUCAUCUUUUCCGUUCAGAUCUGUCACAUCGUGUCCUUCUCCCCCAUUUUUCGUGAUACCAGUGUCUUUCAUGUUCCAUCAGCAGUUUACUACUGUUCAGGUUUCCAAUGUGCCUCCACAAAUUCACUUUCGCUGUCGUCACAACGACCCGGUAAUACCUGCACCAGUUGCACUCGUCAUGCACCGGCAACUGUUUUUUUGCGGCAUACCAGGGUUUCAUGUGCGUCCGCGCGAUAUGCUACUGUUGAAGCAAUAUGUGAUUCAUUCUGUUUCUCUAUUUGUUGACGCUAUUAUCCAUUGGUUAUUGCGCACGCGAUGCAUUUUACUUUUGGAUUUGCCUACCUUUUUAUCGCUCCUCGAAAUUCGCUGCAAAUGUUCCUCUCGUUCGCCAUCUGGGAUAUCCGUUGGACUCGUUCUUUUCUGUUACCAUAUCUGCAUCCUACCCCUUUCUCAGAUGCCAGCGAGCUGUGGUCUUGCUGCUUUGCCUCAUGUGAACUCUUUUGUACAUGUUUCGGUUUUUCGCUUCCACUCUCCGUGUACCACCACCACCCUUGAAUCCUCGAGAAACGUUUAGAAUCUUUGCCAAUGUUCUUGUGCAUUCCAUUGGUGCGCCACUAUUGCCGCUUUUGUAAACAUAUGCUGAUGUCUGC